AUGGCCGUUGCUGACCUAAUCAAGAAAUUCGAAAAUAUCACAGAAGAUUCCAAAAAUAUCAAUAGCAGUAUCGAAAUGCCAGAACCACAACAUAAACUACCAGUUGAUAUUGACAAUUCCAAUAUCGUUGAUGACGUUAAAGCCUUAGAAGCUGUUGAUCCUGUUACGCUUGGCAUUUCUAAUUCUCACAAUAAAGAAGAAUUAGAAGCCUUGACUCAAGAUGUUAAAGAGGAAACUUUAGAGACACUUGCUCAUAAUGCAAUUCCUGAACCUGUGAAAGGAAUUAACAAUUCCGAACAGGCUGGCAAUGAUAAUGAAACUAGCGGUGAUAGUAGAAGUAAUAGCCGUUUGGGACGUGAUAGCCCGUUCGAAUUCGGUCAACGUAAUUUGGCUGAAGGUGCAGAUGUUUGGGAUCAUAAUGCUUGGGAUAAUGUUGAAUGGGGUGAAGAACAAAUCCAAGAAGCUCAAGAGAAGAUUAAAGAACAGAUGAAGAAUCCUGUUCCUGAUUUUGAUAAGAAUCUGUAUAAUUCUAAUCCUGCCCGUUAUUGGGAUAUAUUCUAUAAAAAUAAUAAAGAAAAUUUCUUUAAGGACAGAAAAUGGUUACAAAUUGAAUUCCCUAUAUUAUAUGCAUCUACUAGGAAAGAUAGUGGACCGGUGACAAUUUUUGAAAUCGGAUGUGGGGCUGGUAAUACAUUUUUCCCAAUCUUGAAUGAUAAUGAAAAUGAAGAUUUGAAAAUUGUUGCAGCAGAUUUUGCUCCUAAAGCUGUUGAACUAGUUAAGAAUUCUGAAAAUUUUGAUUCAAAAUAUGGACAUGCUACCGUAUGGGAUUUAGCAAACACUGAAGGGACAUUACCAGAUGGUAUUGAACCACGUUCUGUAGAUAUUGCAGUUAUGAUUUUUGUUUUUAGUGCAUUAUCUCCUGCUCAAUGGGAGCAAGCAAUGGAUAAUCUUCAUAUGAUCAUGAAACCUGGUGGUAAGAUUCUUCUUCGAGACUACGGUCAUUUGGAUCUCGCGCAAGUAAGAUUCAAAAAGAAUAGACUAUUGGACGAAAAUUUUUAUGUUAGAGGUGACGGUACAAGAGUAUACUUCUUUUCGGAAGAUAAAUUGAGAGAAGUGUUUACUAAGAAAUAUUUCGUUGAAAAUAAGAUAGGAACAGAUCGAAGACUCUUGGUUAACAGAAAGAGGCAAUUGAAGAUGUACCGUUGUUGGGUGCAAGCGGUCUUUGACGUCCCCGCAGAAAAUUAA